AUGUGCUGGAAAAUCAUCCCAACCAUAUUUGUGCUCAUGGACUUCCUUCAGAGGGCAGCUGCCCACUGCAUGGUCCAUCCAGUUCCUCCAAGGAAUUUUACAUUGCCCUGUGUGCUGCUGAAUGAGACAUUUUUGAGCCCUUUCCCAGCAUCCAAAAUCAARCCUUUAAUGGAUGAAGAAAGUUUUCCAUGUUGCCUUUGGAGUGCCAGCAACAUUGAUUGUUCUUUGUACACAGCAAGCAUGCAGGCCAGGAAGUUGAUUCCUUCAGAAAUAAAUAUCUCUGCUCCUCAGCAAACAGAUUGGAGCUGGAACAUGGAAUGUUGGAUCAGAGGCCAGCUGGACCUGUUAGUUUGUCACCUGCAGCUCUUGAAGCCAUACCUGAGAGAUGACCUGAAGGUUAAUCUUUUAUACUCUGGAUCAGAGCCAUCCCCGGGAUCCACGAGCUCUCUGCGGGGGACCGUGAGAGCUGCUCAGUGUCACUGCAAGGACCGGGCUACCUGCGAGUGCCUGGUGGCCACCCCGAGCCUGGGSCACACCUACGUGCUGUGGCUGCAGCUGGUGGCCACUGGCACCGCGCUGAGCUCGCCGCCGCUGGCGCUGCAUCCCGCUGCCCUCGUGAAGCCCGAAGCUCCUGAGAAGCUGCAGCUGGAGCUGAAUGAGCGGGGCCAGCUGAAGCUGUGCUGGUCCAACCCGGUGCCGCUGCCGUUCCCUUUAUUUUGCCUCUCUGUGUCUCUUUCUCUGUUCCAAUAAUGGAUUUUGAUAAUCCAACAGAUGCUUCAAGUUGCUCUGGAAACCUCCGUGGACAUAGACAAUGCCCUGCUUGACUCUUCCUCCUCAGCCCGGGUGAGGUGCAGGAAUCUCCACGGUCCAGGCUUCUGGAGUGACUGGAGCACACCCUACAAUCUCACUUUUGACAAUGGACAACCUGUCAAUGUCUUUUAAUUAGACAUGGAUUUUAAUAUCUCCUGUGAGACUGAUGGGUACUUAACUAAAAUGACUUGCAGAUGGUCUGCAAACCCAACCAYCUCGCUCCUGGGGAGUUUGCAGUUCAGAUAUUACAGGAGCCAAAUUUACUGUGCUGACUUUCCAAGGCCAUCUCCAGCCUCGGAGGUGAAAGAAUGUGAUUUGCAGAGGAACCAUUCCUACGAGUGCACGUUCCAGCCCAUUUUCCUGCUCUCUGGAUACACCAUGUGGAUCGAGUUCAGGCACUCCCUGGGAAUUCUGCAAUCCUCCCCGACCUGUGUCAUUCCAGCUGAUGUGGUGAAGCCUCUCCCUCCUUCCAGCGUGGGAGCAGAACUCACCAGGAAUUCUGGGCUGCUCAACGUCAGCUGGACACGGCCYGUGUUUGCCAGCAGGGAUCUGACAUUCCAGAUCCGCUACAGGGAGCACAGGGAGCAGAUCCCAUGGCAGCUUUAUGAAGUCCCAGGCUCCUCAGGCAGCUCGGCUGUGAUCCAGGUGGAGCAGCUCUGUGUGGAGUACGUGGUGCAGGUGCGGUGCCGGGAAUUGGAGGGGUCUGGAUUCUGGAGCGACUGGAGCAGAGUUGCCCAAACCCUCGUACGGGACAUCAGAGCUCCCUUGCAAGGCCCGGAAUUUUGGAGAAUCGUUUCGGAGGAUCCAGCAAGGAAGCAGAGGAAUGUGACGCUGGUGUGGAAGCCCCUGAUGGAGAAGCAGUCCCUGUGCAGCGUGAGCAGGUACAUCAUCCAGCACCAGACCCCAGGCAGCUCCUCCUGGCAGGAAUUUGUGGAGCAUGGCACCUCCUGGUCCUUUCCCUGGACUGAGCCAACACACACCGUCACCAUCCUAGCCAUGAAUUCCCUUGGAGUUUCUGCAGUUAAUUCCAAUUUAACUCUGUCCCAGCAAAUGAGCACAGUGGAUGCUGUGCAAUCCCUGAGUGCUUACCUGGUGAACAGCACCUGUGUGGUUGUGGUUUGGACUCUGUCCCCCCUAAUCCACGGGGUGACAUCCUUUGUGAUUGAGUGGAAGAACCUGAACAAAGAGGAGCAGAUGAAAUGGGUGCGAGUUCCUCCAAACCUCAGUAAAUAUUUUAUUUAUGAUCACUUUAUCCUGAUUGAGAAGUACCAGUUCAGCCUGUACCCUGUGUUUGCUGCAGGAGUUGGCAAAGCCAGAGCCACGGAGCAGUUUGCCAAAGGUGGAUUUGAAGCUGGGGAUCCUGGCAGUCUCCACGUGGUGCUGCCAAUUGUUUUUUCCAGCUCUGUUUUGUUGCUGGGAGYGCUGCUGCUUUCCCACCAAAGGAUGAAGAAGCUGCUCUGGGAGGAUGUUCCCAACCCCAAGAACUGCUCGUGGGCACAAGGAGUAAAUUUCCAGCAGCCUGAAGCUCUGGAGCAUCUCUUUGCCAAACAUCCCGAGCCCAUGUCGUUUGAACCUCUUCUCCUGGAAGCAGAGAUCGUGCUGGAAGACAUCAGCAUCACCAAAGCCUUGGAAAAAGAAGAUCCAGGGGAUUUUUUAGGAAUGGAUUCCACMUUUCCAACCCUCCAGGAGUCAGAAUGUGACUCUGCAUGCUUCCAAGGCAGCAGCUUUUCCAGGAGCUCCCAGGAUGGGGAAAGCACAGCUCAGUGUGGUCUGAAAUAYGCCACUGUCAUCAGUAAUUCCAGAUCCAGCAGCCUUUGCAGGCAGGAAAUGAAUGCCAGGAGCUGUUUUGAUCGGUGCUUCCUGGCUGAAGAUCCCGUCGUUUUCGAGGCCUUUUCAAGCAGUGCCUGGGAGAUGGGGAAUGGAGCAUUCCUGGUGCUCAGGGAGCCCAGCAGGGCUCUGUCCCUGAUUUCCUCAGAGGGAUUCUCUGAGGAGCCUUUGGGUGAGGUUUUCCCCGGCAGCACCGAGCGGAGCCUCUUUUACCUCGGGAUCACAGCUCUGGGAAAGGGAGAGAGCGGCGUUUUCCUGGCAGGAACCUCCAAAGGGAUGUGGCAGCUCCACAGCACAGAUCUGCUCACAGAGAGGGGAAUUCUCCAGCACUUCCCAGAAAAAAGCAAAGAGCUCACCCAAAGCAGCCUCCAGCCUAAAGCCACCGUGCCCUACGUGCCKCAGUUUGGGAUGGCUGCAGCCAAGGGGCAGGAGGCCACGGAGAAAAACUGACAGCAC